AUGCCUUCUUUUCAGACAAGAGUCUUUCCACCUCCUUCCUUGACCGAUGUUCCUCUUGAAUACAUAUCCAACCAACUCAACUCUUUGGCUCAUCAAUUCUGGGACCAGCCAGAGACUGCAGACUGCACCAUAAUCGUUCCAUUUCCCCAUGCCCAGGGCAGACCGGACCUACCUGCCUUCUCCCAGAUUUCAGCAAUCGAGCCGACCUUUUCCUAUACCACAAGCUACGAUAGCACUAGCUUGGGCAGGAGGGUCACCCAGCCUCCUUUGAAUGCCGUUCCGCGUAUUUCUCUUCAGUUGCAUAUCGAUUAUUUAUCCGCCCACUCCAGUUUCCUGAGGGGCCUUUUCAGCGGCGCGCUACCUCUUGAUCUAAUGUAUUCCACCGCACCUCCCAGCUCGAGCUCGGGCUCUUCUGUUCCUGCCGACCGACAGCCUCGAUUGAUGCCUUGCUCUCCUGAUCAUCCUAUUGUUUUCCUUCCCGUACCCGAUCCUUCGACAUUCCAUCUCCUCGUUCACUGGAUGUACUUUGGAGAUUUCAGGUAUAUCCAGGAGUGUCUGCUCAAAGGUACCAUCCAGUGGGAAGGGAUCGCUCGGAACGUCGAGUACCUCGGACUCACUGCCGACAUCAAAAUCUUCUUGGGCAACUGGUACAACGCAUGGCUAAACCCAGAUCGGGAUAUCGAAACCUGCAGUGACGGUGACUCUGAUACCGUUUACAGUGAUUCUGACGAUGAGGACGAUGAUGAUUGCUCAACCGCGUCAGAAUUCGAUGACAUUAUCGAACAUGACAAUGAAAAGGCUGGCCUCCGGGGCAGAUUUGCGGGCGUUCGUUCCGUAUCUUUCCAAUCUUUCCAGUCACUUCGUUCGUCCAGUGCAUAG